CCUGAACCCGCGGACAGACGUCGUUAGUAGCCAUCCAUUUCUCUGGUUGGACCUGCCUCUGGUUUGGGUCUACUUUCUUCACUGAUCGCAUAUCUCCUUCCUGCUUGCUAUAGGCUCUACAUUUCUCCAAUUCCGGAUUGCCUUUGCUCGGCCUUUUAUAAUCUGUACACGUCUGUUACUACCAUCAAUUGUCUUCUAAGAUCUUCUAUGUCUUCCUAAACAUUAUUCGAAUCACAAAGUCGGGACCAUUUGCAUUAUAAGUCGUUGAGGUCGAUUUCUCAAUUUAUGUGAGUUAAGAAAAUCUUGCAGUCACUGAGAUCAAAUAAUGAUGGAGAAGGCAGAUCCUGCCCAGAAGCUAUAUACAAGAAUGAGGCUAUGGGAGUUUCCGGAUCAAUAUGUUAUUGAGCCUACAGAUGGAACUUCUGGGCCGUGUUUGGCAAUCAAUCGGACGGAUGCGUCUAUGAAUUUAAUAGAUGGACCACCACUUAGCAGCACGCUCAAUGUUCCUAAAACUCAGACUAUAUUUGGUGUUAUUGGGAUGCUUAAGUUCGUGGCAGGAUCAUACUUAAUAGUUAUAACAGAACGUGAAUGUGUUGGUUCUUACAUGGGCCAUCCUAUCUUUAAGGUUAAAUCAUUGAAGGUUUUACCUUUCAAUCAUUCUCUCAAGAGUUCAUCUAUGGAACAGAAAAGAACGAAAGCAGAAUUUUCCACAUUGCUAAGCGUGGCAGAGAGGACACCUGGCCUGUACUUUUCUUAUGAUGUUAAUAUCACAUUGAGUGCUCAGCGGUUACAUGAGUUGGGUGAAGAGUCAAAGCUACUUCCUCUUUGGAGACAAGCUGACCCGCGUUUUGUUUGGAACAACUAUUUGAUGGAAGUGCUGAUAGAUAACAAGCUUGACCCAUUCUUACUGCCUGUUCUCCAGGGGAGUUUCAAUAGUUUCCAAUCGACCAUUGGGAGAGACGUGAUUGAUGUUACACUGAUUGCACGAAGAUGCAACAGAAGAUCUGGCACUCGGAUGUGGAGAAGAGGGGCUGACUCUGAUGGUUAUGUUGCAAAUUUUGUCGAAAGCGAACAAAUCAUACAAAUUAAAGGUUGUAUUGCUUCUUUUGUUCAGGUCCGUGGGUCAAUCCCUGUAUUGUGGGAUCAGAUUGUUGAUUUAACAUAUAAGCCCAAGUUUGAGAUAGUCAGAUCGGAAGAAGCACCUAGAGUAGCUGAGCGGCACUUUUUGGAUCUAAGGAAGAAAUAUGGAAACGUUAUUGCUAUUGAUCUUGUCAAUAGUAAAGGAGGAGAGGGACAACUUAGUGCUAAGUUUUCAGAGGCAAUGCAGCAUGUUGACGGUGAAGAUGUGAGAUACUUGCAUUUUGAUUUUCACCAGAAGUGUGGGCAUGUUCAUUUUGAGCGUCUCUCUGAACUUUAUGAUGAUAUCGAGGAUUUCCUCAUAAAAAACAGGUACUUUUUGCGAAACGAGAAAGGUGAGAAGGUUGAGGCACAAGCAGGAGUUGUGAGGACAAAUUGCAUUGAUUGCUUAGAUCGGACUAAUGUCACUCAGAGCAUGAUUGGUAAAAAAAUGUUAGAAGUCCAACUGAAAAGGCUUUCUAUUUUUAGUGCUGAGGAAACAAUUAGUACACACCCCAACCUUGAUGAGAACUUCAAAAUAUUGUGGGCUAAUCAUGGUGAUGAUGUAAGUAUCCAAUAUUCAGGCACUCCAGCUUUAAAGGGAGAUUUUGUUAGAUAUGGUCAGCGUACUGUCAAAGGGAUUUUCAAUGAUGGGUGUAAUGCUCUCAUGCGCUACUACUUGAACAACUUCUGUGAUGGUACCAAACAGGAUGCGAUGGACGUAUUGCACGGACAUUACAUUACCUCCGUCUCACGGGAUGUGACACCGACAUCUCAAAAAGAAGGCGUUGAGACGGUUGCUUCAUUCCCGAUGGCUUUUGCGCUGAUUAUGGCUGGGUUAUUCUUCGCCAUCAUCUCACUAAGGAGAGUCUCCAGUAAUCCUUGGAAUGUAUUGUUUUCGAUGAUAUGGGCGAGCAUAAGUCUUCUAAUAGCUGGAUUUGUGAGGGCCAAUGGUCGUGUGUUUUGUAACCGGCCUCGCCUCCUCCAACCUAGACGAUGAUUUUCAGGUUCAGUUUGUUAUAUCGUUUAUUUUGUAAUUUCAGCAGUUAGCUCCUGACUGCUAUAACACAUCGAAUAGUUGUUCACUUGUUCUUUGUAACUCACUUCCUGGAUUCUUUAUACCACAGAUUUGGUUGUAGACAACAAGGUUUCCUGUUUGAAUAUGUUGUUUCUGCAUUCUGUAUGAUUUUUUACUAUUUCAGACUCGAUAUAUUUGUAAGAGUUGUGAUUUUUUACUA